AUGGCUAGAGUCCUCCGUUUUUCGUCGCUGGCCAACCGGCCCAGGCUUUUCCCCCUCAUUCUGUCAAUCGUCCUUUCAUCACAGGUAUGGCAAACCGUUAUGCACCAGAAUAGCGUCUCGUUCUUUCAGUGGGCAGACGCUAUCGCCCCUACCCAGUCCCGCCAACCGCUGACCGGCGUUGGGGUGGCAAAGCCCUUACGACAAGGUCAUCUUGGAUCCACCUCUGCAGCUUCUUCACCAGCCUCGGAGAAGGCAGCGUCGGGCUCGCCUGUCCUCCCAGCUGAUGUUGACCCUUUGAAAGCCGUCUCGUUUGCGGCGACGCGCUCGACUGCGAGCGCCGUCACAACGGAGUACCGUUGCUAUCGCGUGGAAAAAGGUUCGAAUGCCACAACUGUGGAGACAAGAGAAGAAGUAGUGGCGGAAGAAGACUGUCAGCGCGCAUGUCGAACCCGGAAAGACUGUACGCACGCCGUGUUGAACAAGGCGCAGCGUACAUGCCAGCUCAAAACUGGGUUUUUUGACGUCGCUGAUGGAGAUGCCGAUACAGUUUCCAUGCCGCGCAGUUGCAAUUCAAGUUGCCUUGCGAAGAAUACGCACGCGAGUGUAAAGGAACUGAUGAGCGCCAAAGUGAUGUAUAGCCCCUUCGAGUGCCUCAUCUGGUGCACAACGCAGGCUCAGUGCAAGUACUGGGACUACAAUAUUUUAAAUAGCAAGUGCUUCCUGAAGGGGGAAGGUUCACAGAAUCAAAAAAAGGAGUUUAUUGGUUCCGUUUUCGGCACAACUGAAUGGUGUCCGGAUGACGAUACCGCUACUGACUCCAGUGCUGCCCAGGGUUGGACCACCUCAGGCUCGUGUAUGCACCCGCAGAAUACUAAGGCCGGGGGGUCACCCUUCAAGGAAAUUGCGAACACGAGUAACGCUGACAUAUGCCAGAAGCAUUGCAAGAAAAUGCAAAGCUGCCGAUAUUUCACUUACGACCGAAACACAAAAUUCUGUGGUCUGUUCAGUGGAAACGCGUGGGAAGUGUCCGAGGCGGCAGGCUAUGUUGCUGGCCCCAGAUCGUGCAACCAGACUUGCUUCUUAGAGGGGCAGAAGUACCAGAAGGGAGAACUUUCCUCACAGUUGAUGUACAGCGCCCUCGAUUGCCAGGUCCUGUGCCAAACAGUGUCAGGCUGCGAAUACUUUUCCUUCACGAAAGCCACCAAAAUGUGUCAACUCUUCACCGGCGAUGCCAAAUCGACGGAGCUGGCCACUACGGGCUCGACAUCAGGACCCAAAGACUGGUGCUCCUGA